AUGCUUGGUGUGGGCCAGUUACCGUUGCCAUUACCAAACAUUGAUGAAAAACUCAAAGCUGAUGCCGUGUUUGUCCCAAAUUCCCCUUUCAACAUCAUUCCACCGCAACUCCUAUACAAAGAGCUUGAAGCUGCCGGUUACAAUCCAAAAUGGCCAACUCACAACGACAAAGAAUACAUUUUUGAGUAUACUCGUCCGGGCGAAACUCAAGCAACUGAGUUUGUUGUGCCAAUAAAUGACAGGGACCUAUUCACAUUCCGAUCGGUGACAGGAUGUGAAGACUUUUGCAUGUCUACCACUUUGUGUGACUGCGACCUCUCGAUUGAAACAAAUACCAAGGGAGCCCGAUACAAGAAGUUUGACAUCUCAGCUUCUGAGGGAGCCCAAUCUAACCCUUUAACUUCUUCACCUUUUUCAGAAUCCGAACCUCGAGCAAUUACUUUUGACAAACUGCACGUUUCCGAAGGAGCACAAACAUAUGAUCCAGAGGUUGAAAUCGUACGACACCGAUUGUUCAUAUUGCAUGAAAAAUACGGACACCUUGGUUUUGCCAAACUCAAUCUCAUGGCUAGAGCUGGUUUAAUACCUCGAGAAUUAGCGAACGUGGAUGCUCCGACAUGCCCCGGAUGCGCUUGUGGAAAAGCUCAUCGCAAACCAUGGCGAUACAAAGGAACCAACAAACGGCAAAUCAAACCUGCAACUCAUCCAGGACAGGUCAUCAGUGUUGAUAAACUUGCAAGCCCAACACCAGGAUUUGUUCCAACUCAUCGAGGAACUCUUACCACUAUGCGAUACACUGGGGCGACGGUUUUUGUCGACCACUUCAGUGACUUCACCUACAUCCACCUUAUGACGGAAAUGAAUGCGGAAACUGCGGUAUUAGCAAAACUAGCGUUCAAACGUGAAUGUGCAACACAUGGAGUUCCUGUAAGACACUAUCAUGCAGACAACGGUUUGUUUGAUACUAAACUAUUUUGA